AUACCCGGAGCACCUCAGGAAGGGCGGGGGGGAUGGUAGCUUCCGUUUCGAUCACUGCUUUGAACUGCUCGCCAGCCCCCACCCCCUCGUGGUCACCACCUUCCUGAAAUCGCCAUCUCGGAUUUUUUGCGUGGACUGCUGGUUUGAGUUUUCAAAAUUUGCGGAACGCGUUUUCAGUGGGAGAGGGUAUUCUUUGAUGGAGUAGUUGACAAUUUGGGGAUUUAGUUGAGCAGUAAUGGUGGAGGUUUGAGUGUAGGGGACGGUAUUUUUAGAGAGAAAAAAGGUUACUUGGUAAGGCGGAGAGAGUUUUACGUUGCCACUGUUGCCAAGGGAUUUGACGCUGUUGUCGGUUGCGGAGUUUGGAGUCCGCGUGAUCACGGGCUUUUGUUGUUGAUGAUGAUGAGAAUGAAGGGGAAUUGUUUUAUGGUGUGGAUCUUCGUGUUUUUAGCGUGAAGGGACGGUUUGUGGUGUGGUGUGGUGGUUUUGGGACGGUUUGGAGUCACAGGGAUUUGAAUUUUGAGAGAGAGGCAGGUGGAGGACGUAUUGUGAUGGUGGUGUGUGAUUGAAUGACUGGAGUGGAUUUUUCUCAAGGGAUUUUGGGGGUGUUUUUGGUGAGUAAGAGUAGGAGGAGGGAGAGGUAGAGGGCGCCCGUUGGUAGAGAGAAGAAUUUGGGUGCUGCUGCGUGAACCAGUGAAUUCUUACUCGGCUACUCGGCGCACAAUUGGUCUCUGAUUGGAAUCUUAUUGACGUCUGAUUUCUUUGGAGUAGUUCAUGACCAGCAGGAUCAUGUGACGAGGUUUGACAAUUUAGCUUUUCAGUUCAAUUGGUCCCACAGUCUACCCAGUAGAGGUUUUAGGGCGAAGGAAAGAAGGAUUUGUGGUUUAAGGGGCUCAGAAACACUUUGUAGUGUCUACGAGUGUUAAAGCCUUGCUUGAAUUUUCUUAAAACUCCGAGGCGUGAGUUUGUUUGUGACUUCAGCUGAUGUUACACAUUUGAGAACAAGCGAAGAAAGGCAAGCCGUUCAAGAUGAUUGGAUCUUUCGUUACACGGGGACUAAUCAUGGCAGUUGGAUACGUUUACCCAGCUUAUGAAUGUUACAAGAUAGUGGAGAGACCGAUGCCAGACCUAGAGCACUUGCGAUUCUGGUGCCAAUAUUGGAUGAUAAUUGCUGUGGUGACUGUUAUUGAAAGGUUGGCAGACAUUGUUGUUUCAUGGGUGCCCAUGUACAGUGAGGCAAAGCUGGCCUUUAUCAUUUACCUUUGGUACCCCAAGACCAUGGGGACAACCUAUGUUUACUCGACGCUUUUAAGACCGUUCGUGGUCCAAUAUGAAUCAGAAAUUGACCACAACUUGAAUGAAGUAAGGACCAGAGCAGGUGAUAUUGCCCUUCUCUGGUGGCAGAAAGGGUCAAUGUAUGCACAGGCCCGAUUUUAUGAGCUGCUUCAAUUUCUAGCAUCUCAGUCGAAUAAAGUCCAGCAAAACCCGUCCGGAGCUCCAUCGCGAACUCCUGCCCAAGGAUUAUCCCGGGGGCUCCCUCAGGGUGUUCCUCAAUCGUAUCCUCCACCAGGAGCUUCAGGUUCUGAGACUGCUCCCUAUCCUCCUCAAGAGGCUCAAGCUGGCCAGGGUCAGUACCCGCCUCCACCGUCUAGUUCCGCUGGAGCACAUAUCCGACGUCAGUCAGGGUCUCGGGGUGUACCGGUAGGAGAUUCAGAUCAUGGUGUUGUCGAAAAACAUUCAGAGAAGCGCACUAGUUACCGACUUGAGGACCGAUCAGGUACAUCAGUCGGAGGGCAAAAUCCGCCUCCACGAGUUCAAAACACAAAGACGCGCCCACAGACUGAUAGUCCGUGGAGUAUUUCGGCCUGGAUACCGUCGUUGCUUGGAACUACCCCUUCGAAGAAGGUCGAUUGAUGUUCUUCUCGUCGCUUCUACGGGAGUGUCAUCUGCUCCCUAGCCUUCACCCUUCCAAUUGAUGAAGCUGAGCAUUGCUUAUGCACAGUUUGUAGUAGAACUAUCAUGCCGACAUUCACUUUUAUAUCCGUAUAAGUAGUUCGAUCCUGGCUGGUAGGUUUUAAAUAGCCCAGCUAGAAGUUUGGGAGUCACAAAACUUGGUGGCGUUGAUUGGUGGUGCAAUGUGUGUAUCACGAUGGAUUUCACCAGAUGUGUCAAUUUAGAUCUCCCGUUAAUUAGAACUUUUGAAAUGAAGUAAGAUUUAUUUUUCUCGCCCGUUUCAA